UGAAGAGAAGUGCUUGGCAGGAGGUGUCAGCUGCCCCAGGCCUUUACUGAUUAAUCCUAAAGCGGGCAGGGCCGAAAUGGGGCUUUGUACACUUAGGAAGGAAGCCUGAGAUUCUAUCUGCUAUCAAGGGACCCCAGGAAUCCAGGAGAGAAAGGCAGAGGAAAGGGCUUGGGGCAGUUCUGGAGAGGCAGGAAGCAACAUGAGGCUAUGGCUAAGAGAACUGGUCCUCCAGGCACUGAGAAAUGCCCGGGGUACCUGUGGGUCUCAUGGGCAGCCACUGCCUCUUCCUGUCCCUCAGAAGAUUGUGGCCACCUGGGAAGCCAUCAGCCUGGGCAGGCAGCCAGUGCCUGAGUAUUUCAACUUUGCCCAUGAUGUGCUGGACGUGUGGAGUCAGCUGGAAAAGGCUGGGCACCGGCCCCCAAUCCCUGCCUUCUGGUGCGUUGAUGGUACAGGAGCAGAGGUCAAGUGGAGCUUUGAAGAGCUGGGAGAGCAAUCCAGGAAGGCGGCUAAUGUGCUGGAGGGUGCCUGUGGCCUGCAGCCUGGAGACAGAAUGAUGCUGGUGCUCCCGCGGCUCCCAGAGUGGUGGCUGGUCAGCAUGGCUUGUAUGCGGACAGGGGCCAUCAUGAUUCCUGGCAUCUCUCAGCUGACAGAAAAAGACCUCAAAUUUCGGCUGCCAUCCAGAGCCAAGGCCAUUAUCACCAGUGACUCCUUGGCUCCACGGGUGGAUGCCAUUAGUGCCGACUGCCCUUCCCUUCAGACCAAGCUGCUUGUGUCAGACAGCUUUCGGCCAGGCUGGAUGAACUUCAGGGAACUCCUCUGGCAAGCAUCCACAGAACACAACUGUGCAAAGACCAAGAGUCAAGACCCAGUGGCCAUCUACUUCACAAGCGGCACGACUGGGACCCCCAAGAUGGUCGAGCACAACCAGGCCAGCUACGGACUGGGUUUUGUGGCCAGUGGGAGGAGGUGGGUGGCCUUGACCGAAUCAGACAUCUUCUGGAACACAGCUGCCACUGGCUGGGUGAAGGCAGCCUGGACUCUCUUCUCUGCCUGGCCUAAUGGAUCUUGCAUUUUUAUGCAUGAGUUGCCCCGGGUUGAUGCCAAAUUUAUCCUAAAUACUCUGUCCAGGUUCCCGAUCACCACCCUCUGUUGUGUCCCCACCAUCUUCCAUCUGCUUGUGCAGGAGGAUCUAACCAGGUACCAGUUUCAGAGCUUGAGACACUGUGUGACUGGAGGGGAGGCCCUGACUCCUGAUGUGAGGGAAAAGUGGAAGAGCCAGACGGGCCUGGAGCUGCACGAAGGCUACGGCCAAUCUGAAACCGUUGUAAUCUGUGCCAAUCCAAAAGGGAUGAAAAUCAAGUCAGGAUUCAUGGGGAAAGCGUCCUCACCAUAUGAUGUGCAGGUUGUAGAUGAGGAGGGCAAUAUCCUACCUCCUGGAGAAGAAGGGAAUGUUGCUAUCCGUGUCAGACCCACCAGGCCCUUCUGUUUCUUCACUUGCUAUUUGGACAACCCUGAGAAGACAGCAGCAUCAGAACGAGGGGACUUCUACAUCACAGGGGACCGAGCCCACAUGGACAAGGAUGGCUACUUUUGGUUCAUGGGAAGAAAUGAUGACGUGAUCAAUUCCUCAAGCUACCGGAUCGGGCCUGUUAAGGUGGAGAGUGCACUUGCUGAGCAUCCAGCUGUCCUGGAGUCUGCUGUGGUCAGCAGCCCAGACCCCAUUAGAGGGGAGGUGGUAAAGGCAUUUAUAGCUCUGUCUCCAGCCUAUUCGUCACAUGACCCAGAGAAACUAACCCAAGAACUCCAGGAGCAUGUGAAAAGGGUGACUGCUCCAUACAAGUACCCCAGGAAGAUGGCCUUCAUUUCCGAACUUCCAAAGACGGCUUCUGGAAAGAUUCAAAGGAGUAAAUUGAGAAGUCAAGAGUGGAAAAAUGAGAAGCAACCCCAGGAAGGUCCCAUAAGUCACUGAAACUUCCAAGAGGAAGUGGUGGGAUCGCUGGUUAAUCCCCACUUGGAGCAACAUCCUUUCAACCCUACUGAAAUCAAAGGCUUGUAGUCUCCAAAUGGGCAUCCUUAGCAUCAUUGGAUGACCCUGGAAGAAAGCAAAGAACAUCAUUAACCACCAGUUCAGAGCCACUGCCCUGUCUAGCAACUGUUCGGUGGCUUAACUUCCUCAUCUGUCUGGAGGUAUCCUCAGUAGCUGCCCACUGAUCUUACUUCCUAAUAAGCUUUUAGCUAGCCCUCCAAAGGACAGGUCACCAGAGUGUUGGGAGCACUUAUGAUCUUACUGCCAGGGGCAGUGUAACCACUUGACCCUUUUGAUAAAGCUAUUUGGUAAUCAUAUCCAGGGCCACAAAAUUUAAUCAUACCUUUAGUUCAGAAACUCCAUCUUUGGAAAUCACUACAAAACAAAAUACUCAAGAGAUAGUUACUGUAUAAUUGUUUAAGACAGUGACAAAUUGGGGGGAAAAUUAAUGCCUAAGUAAUAGGGUAAUGAUUAACUAAAUUGUGGUAGAUUAACUCAAUAACAUGUUUCAUAGCUGGCCAUUAAAAAUAUGUGUUGGGAAAAACUUGGGCUACAUUCAUUUUGUCAGAAUAAAAAUAAUAUAUGUAUAGUGGGGAACCACAACUUUCUAUGAUAUAGGAAAAUCUACAGAAGAAAAAAGUCUGGAGGAAGAUACACUAAGUGUUAACAGAAAUUUUCUUCAGUAUUGAAAAUAAUGGAUGAUAGAUUUUUCCUUUCCCUGCAUUUCUUUAUUUUCCAAGUUUUUCAGUGAGUAUAUUUAAAUCUUUUAAUGAAAAAAAAUUAUUUUACAGAAAUGAUCACUGAAUAUCACACUCUGCCUCAUAUCUUGUUCUUCCUCCAUAUACAAACACAUCAACUCCAAAUGCUAGCAUGCUGUCUCACCCAGGAAAAAUACAGGGACCUGAAGUCAUGUCUCAGAAGCCCAGAAAUGGAAAGGGUAGCUCUGGGCAGCUGAAACCAACCAUGCAGAGAAGAAGCAGGUGGAAAGUGAUCCUAGUGCUGCUGCCUGACUCUCAGCACUUUCAUUCACUCAUUGAUCAAUGUUUAUUGAGUACCUACUCAGUCCUGGACUGGGGACACACAAGGAUAAGCAAAGCCAACUGGUCAUCAUCUGUAUUAGUCUGCUUGGGCUUUAAUAACAAAGUACCAUGAGCUGGGCAGCUUUAAUGAAAGAGAUUUAUUUCCUCAGUUCUUCAUCCUGUAAAUCCCAGAUCAAGGUGUUGGUAGGAUUGGUUUCAGUCUGAGGCCUCUCUCCUUGGUUUGUAGAUGGCUACCUUCUCAUGGGUCUUCACAUAGCCCCUUCUUUGUGCAUGUCUGUAUCCCAAUCUCUUCUUAUAAGAACAAUAGUUGUAUUGGAUUAAGGACCCAAAUUCAUGACUUCAUUUUAGCUUAAUCACCUUUUUAGGCCCCCAUCUGUGAAUACAACUACCUUCAGAGGUCUAGGGGUUAGGACUUCAGCCUAUAAAUUUUAAGGGGACAUAAUUUGGCCCAUGACACUGUUGUAGCCACACGUUCCAGGAAACAAAAUCACUCAGAAGGACAAUGAAGAUAGUGGAGUGCAGUUUAUUACACCGGC